AUGGCAGCGUCGUCGUCAAGCUCCGGGGCGAGCCGGGCGGCAGUGACCGCGCGCGGGAUCCGGAUCCUGGAUGGUCCGGAGGUGAGGAGGAGGACGGCGCCGUGGGUUUCUUCGGGGCUGGAUGGGGACGACGAGGAGGAGGGGGUGGAGGCGGCGAUGGCGAUGGCGAGGGCGCGUGGAUGCGACGUGUACGUCGGGCACAGCGGCGGGGCGAGAAGGAUGGUGGCGUGGCUGCGCGCGGAGCUGGAGAUGCUGGGCGUGCCCUGCGUCGCUUCGGACCGGCGGCAGUGCGGGGACGCGCCGGCGCACGUAGCCGCGCGGGCCGCGAUGGACGUGGCCGCGUCGGGCGUGGUCGUGGUCACGCCGGAGUCGCUCGCGAACCCCUACGCCGUCGAGGAGAUCCGGGUCUUCCUGGAUCGCGGCGCGCUCGUCCCGGUCCUCGUGGGGCUCGGGAGGGGCGACUUAGUCGCGGAGGACGUCGUCGAGAAGCUCGGUGACCUGUGGGGAACGCACGGGGGGCAUCUCUGGAAGCUCUACGACGGCGCAGAGGCAGAGUGGAGGGAGGCCGUGGAGGGUCUCGCCCGCGCGGAGCCGGCGUUGGUGGUGGGCGACGGCGACCUCCGGGACCGUGUCCUCGACGUUCUCGAGAUCCUGGGCGCGAGGCUCGGGCGGCGCGCGGUAACGGCGGCCGUCAAGGCCUGGCGCGCCGCGGCGGAUAUGGAGCUGCCUUUCCCUCGGAACGCGGGCUUCGUCGGCCGGGAGAAGGAGCUGCUCGACGUGGAAGCCAUGCUUCGGGGCAGCGAGCGUGCGUAUGGCAACGCAGCCGGGAAGAGGGCGAUGGAUCUGGACGAGAUGGUCAUCGACGAGGGGCCGUUCGUUAACGGCGUGGUUUGCAUAUCCGGCGUAUCCGGCGCCGGGAAGACCGAGCUGGCGCUCGAGUUCGCGCACAGGCUCGCCCACGAAUACAAGAAGGUGCUGUGGGUGCACGGCGAGGCGAGAUACCUCCGCCAGAGCUAUCUCAAGCUCGCCGACCACCUUGGCGUUGCUGUCGGCGACGGCAUCUCACAAUCGACCGAUCGGAGCAGGAGCCUCCCCGACAUAGAGGGCGACGCCAUCGCCAAGAUCCGGAAGGAGCUCAUGCGCGACAUCCCGUACCUCGUCGUCAUCGACAACCUCGAGAGCGAGCGGGACUGGUGGGACGGCAGGGCCUUGCAGGAGCUCCUGCCCCGCGGCAGCAAGCGCACCCACGUCGUCGUCACGACGCGGCUCGGCCGCCUGCAGGGGGUCAGGACGUGGGCGCUGGGGAAUCUCGGCGCGUCGGACGCCAUGCUGCUGAUGAAGGGCACGCGCACGUUCAGCACAGAGGACAUGGCUGUCCUUAGGAGCAUCGAGGAGAAGGUAGGCAGCGUUCCUCUAGGCCUCGCCCUCGUCGGCGCAAUACUUUCCGAGCUCGCCAUUGGCCCAGCCGAGCUCCGGCACGAGAUGAGCCACGCGCCGCACAGGGCGCCGACGUGGGCGUCGAAGGACGACCCGGCGCUGCGUGACAAACCCGGCCUGGCGCAGCUCCUGGACGCGUGCUUCGCGCUGCUGGACAGGGAGACGGCCGGGUUCGGCACGGCGGCGGCGAGGCUGCUCGAGGCCAGCAGCUUCUUCGCGCCCGCGCCGAUCCCGAUGGUGAUGCUCGCGCGUGCUGCCUGUGCAUGCGCAGCCGGGGAGCCUCUGUGGAAGCGGUUCGUGCGCACGCUGCAGCUCUCGUGUACCGCGCCACCAAAGGCCGGCCAUGUCGAGUCGGAGGUGCUGGCGAUGCUGUUGCGGCUCGGGAUCACCCAGCGGUGCACGCAGGCGGGGUGCAUCUCCGUGCAUGGCGUGUUCCGGCUGUUCAGCCGCAAGGUCGGCUCCGGCCAGGUCGGUCGCUCCGUUGUGCGAGCCAUCGCCGCACAAGGCGGCAGGGCGGAGCAGUACGCCGACCAUAUGUGGGCGGCGUGCCUGUCGCUGUUCAGGUUCGAGGCGCCGGCCGUGGCCGUCGAGCUGCCCCCUCUGGAGCUGGCGCGGUUCGUCACGCGCUCGGUGCUGCCGCUCGCCGCUCGCGCCGUGGCCGCGUACUCGGCGUACAGCGCCGCGCUCGAGCUUCUCCGUGAGGCCACCGACGGCGUCCGCGUGGCCGAGGACCAGUACAUCGCGGCGCCUCGCCGCGGCGGUGGCAGCGGCAGCUCGAGCAGCAACAUGGAGCUGGAUCCGAGAGUGUACCAGGAGGUCGCGCGAGCAAGAGCGGAGCUCCUCAAGACGCGGGCGAGGAUGAUGGUGAGGGCCGGAGAGCACGCCAUCGCCAAGGACCAUUGCUUGACGGCGAUCGGCAUCCUCGAGGUGGUCUGCGGCGGCGCGCACCCGGAGACGCAGGCGGUCAGGGCGUUCUUGGAACAGGCCGUGAGAGUUCAGACAAUGAACUGA